GCGGCCGCCGCCUACAUAACACCGCGCUCAGCUCAGUCGAGUCUCCGCGACCGGCGCACGCGCAGUGUUAACAAUUUGAAACAAGGCGUCCGCGCGCCGACACCAUAAUGAACGUAACUAUGGACACUGACGUUAUAAUGACUGCCGGAGGCAUGGAUGGCGUAUUGCGGGCAAAAAUAAUAACCAUGGUGACGCUAUUCGCUGUUUCCAUGCUGUUUGGAUGCUUGCCCAUGCUUAUUUCACUAAAAUUCGACUGGUUUACAAAAAGCACCGGUUCAGAUGUGCGGACUUCCAAUCAGUUUGUGAUGGGGCUGCUGGCGUUUGGUGGAGGUGUUCUAUUUGCCACCACCUUCAUGCAUUUGCUGCCGGAGGUGGACUUAAACAUACAGCUGCUUCAAGAGGCCGGUGAUCUCGCAGACAUACCACUAUACCUUGCCGCCUUAAUAAUGUGCGCCGGCUUCUUCAUGAUGUACUUAAUCGAAGAGUUGGUACACGUUUACAUCAACAGCAGAGAGAACAAGACUGCCAACACUAGUUUUACCAGAGUCCUUAGCAUAAGGAGAACUAGUGCACCUGAUGCGCCAGAGCCUUUGAAGGAGGUUAAUGUGCCGAAGAGUCAUCGACAUGGGCACAGUCACCACCAACCUCUGGUGUCUGGAGACGAUCCUGUCACGCAGACGCUAAGGGGGCUGCUGAUAGUGUUGGCGUUGUCGAUCCAUGAGCUCUUUGAAGGUUUGGCUGUUGGACUGGAGGCUUCUGCAGCGAAUGUGUGGUACAUGUUCGGCGCGGUCUCAGCUCACAAGUACAUCAUCGCGUUCUGUAUCGGCGUGGAGCUGAUAGCGGCCGGCACGAAGCGUUGGCUGUCUUUGGUCUACAUCUUCACAUUCUCCUUCGUGUCUGGACUGGGUAUCGGCGUUGGGAUCCUCCUGGUAGGCGGUGCUGGCGCGGCUGAGGCUGGUCUCUACUCGGUUAUACUGCAGGGCUUAGCCUGCGGCACGCUGAUGUACGUGGUGUUCUUCGAAGUGUGGCGGCAGGACCGGUCGGGAAUACUCCAGUUCGUCUGCUCGGUCCUCGGCUUCGUCGUCAUGGUGUCGCUGGAGCUGGUCGUGGAACUCUUCGUCGUUCCAGAUUAGCAGAAGAAUAGAAAUACCUAUAACCUACAACGAAAAUUUUGUGUUUGAUCGCAACCCUAGUGCUUCCCAAAUAUAAAUCAGUAAUAUUAAUUAGGUACUUCAGCUUCACGUAUAAGAGCGUUUUCCAAAUAAAUGUGCAUUUCAUUCAUGUCUUCAAAAUAUAUACUUCAAAAUAUAUCUUUGAAUAUAUAAAUAAAUAAAUAUUACUAUAGGACAUUUUUACACAAAUUGACUAAGCCCCACGGUAAGCUCAAGAAGGCUCGAGUUGUGGGUACUCAGACAACGACAUAUAUAAUAUAUAAAUACUCAAACACAUAGAAAACAACCAUGACUCAGGAACAAAUAUCUGUAUCAUCAUACAAAUAAAUGCCCUUACCAGGAUUCGAAUCCGGGACCAUCGGCUUCAUAGGCAGGGUCACUACCCACUAGUCCAGACCGGUCGUCAUACAUGAAAAAAUGUGUCCCAAGAUUUCCUUUCCAGAUCGUCACAUUCUUGCAUGAUUUUUUUUUAUUUGUAUGAACGUGACGCACUGGAAAAAUAUUUUUUCAUACAAAAUUUUGGGACACAUUUUUUCAUGUAUGAGUCGUGACGUGAAUGUACUCGUACAAAUUCUGAUUAAUAUGAGAUUCUGAGUAAAAUGAGCCCAAGAAGUCAAUAUUUUGAAGACAUGAAUGAAAUGUACAUUUUUUUAAAACGCUUAUAAAAAAUGAAUUCAGUCAGACUCAUAGGUUGGAUAUCAAAAUAUAUUUACCUAGGUAUAUCUAAGUUAUAGUUGGUCAAGCAGAUCUUGUCAGUAGAAAAGGGCGGCAAAUUUGAAAAAUGUAGGCGCGAAAGGAUUAUGGUGUCAUAGAAAAUUUGAAAUUCGCGCCUUUUGACAUGAUUUGCUUGACCAUCUAUAACUUUAAUGCUGUGCCCCUCUUCUCUGUUGGGGAAGGGUGGUCUAGGUUACGUUAUGUAACUUAAAUGUAUUAUGUGAAUAUUAUUAAUUAAUAAUUACAAACCUAAUUAACAAUAGUAAGAUUAUUAUUGUAAUUUAGGUAAUUAAUAAAAAUAAUUCCAGUUGCCAAAUGAAUUGGAUGGACUUAUGAGGGUAGGUUACAGUCGAGUAACUCGUACCCAUAAUUAUGUUUGUACAGUAUUAGGCAUGUAAGUAUUUUAGUUGUUGUAUAUUAUGCGUUGCAUGUUGACCAGACGCAUGUGUUUGUUAAAUAAAGUUUUUAUAAAAGUAA